CGCCGUCGCGCUGAGUUGACGUCAUCACCCGCGCGACGCCGCCGGGGAGGAGGGCGCCAUGGCGGCCGCGGCGUGCUCCAAGCGGCCCCUGCAGCUGACGCUCGCGCUGCUGAAGCCGGACGCCGUUGCCCACCCGCUGGUGCUGGAGGCCGUGCAUGAGACCAUCCUCAGCAACCGCCUCCUCAUCGUGCGCGCCAAGGAGCUGCGCUGCGGGCGGGAGCAGAGCCGCCGCUUUUACCGGGAGCACGCGGGGCGAUUCUUCUACCAGCGGCUGGUGGAGUUCAUGGCCAGUGGCCCUAUGUGGGCUUAUAUCUUGGCCCAUGAGAAUGCUAUCUCCCUCUGGAGAUCACUGAUGGGACCCACCAAAGUAUUCCGAGCUCGAAAUUGUGUCCCAGACUCCAUCCGAGGAGCUUAUGGUCUCACUGACACCAGGAAUACCACCCAUGGUUCAGAUUCCCCAGCGUCAGCCAGCAGAGAAAUUGCCUUCUUCUUUCCAGAGUUCAACGAACAGCUCUGGUACCAGCAGGAGGAGCCACGUCUGCGCCGUGGGCAGAUGUAUUACAAUGCAGAGAAGCGUGUCCACUGUGUGAUCAGGGGUGAAGAAACAGAGUUGACAUGAGUUAUCCAGGGGUAUGGUCUGCUGAGCUGGAGAUAGCUGCUAGCCACACUGUUUGGGUCAGUCCCAUAACAAGACGCAGAGUCUUAAGGACUGUGGGGAAAGGAAAGACAGAUGAGCAUUGUGCUGUGCUGCUUGGGACUGUUAUUUGUGCAGCAUACAGGUGCUGGGACACUCCUGAAACAACUUCUCCACUAGCAGUACUGAAAGUCAACACAGAGAUAAAGCCAUGCACUUCUCCAGCCCUCGUGUGCUUAUUUGUGUAUGAGCAGUGCAGGUGAAUUCCUCCAAGGACUUGUCAGCUAGGGGAUAAUAGGCGCUGCUGAUAAUAGGCCCACAUUCUUACUAUCUGCUCUGUUCUCUCCUUCCCUUAUGAAAGAAUGAUUUAAUGGGAUGAAUAUGGAAAAAAAAUGCAGUGGUGAGCAGUGCAAUAGUAACUCUUCUGUUACUGCUUUCCUGGAUCCAAGCUGGGAAGAAAGGUGGCCUUCAAACUCAUAUCAAAAUUCUUAUCAUAAGCAUCUAGUGGAGGGCACGUUUGGAACUUGUUCUCAGUAGGAAAGCAGUUCCUUUUAGUCUGGGCUGACAACCGUAUGGCUGAUCUUCUAGAAGUGAUUGCAGAAAGAUGUGAAGCAGCACAGUGCCUGUGAAGGAUCAUACAUUGUUUGCUUUUAGAUUUUCUGGAACGAGGGGUUGGUGGCUCUGAUGGAAUCUGAGAGUGGCUGUUAGAACUGUGAAUAUUGUGAGUCUAACAAAGGCAAAAAAUAUAUAAUUCAGUGCAGGUACACAGACACCAGACACCGCAGGAGUUCUGAGUGGAGCUCUUUACAUUCAGCCUCAUAACAGAAUACCCAAUGGUGACUCAGAGACUGAAUUGCUUCUGGGUUUGCUGUGAGCUGAAGCACAGAGUUCCACAUCCUUUGUACAGUUAUGUUCCAAGUGUUUCAACCAUCCAGAUCGUUGGUUACUGUGUGGUGGGGCACGAGGACUUGGGUUUGAGUUACUGUGGAAGUUCUGUGCUCCUGUCUGAUGCAUUUUGAGAUCUGUCCAUGUGUGAGUCUUGAAUCCAUUUGAACUGUCCCCUAAUAGUUUUUUCCAAUACUGAUGAUUUUUUUUUAAUCAAGGUACUGAGUGAACUUUCUUUGACAUAAUUCCCAAUGCACUGAAUCAGAGAAGGGACCCUGGGAAUGCACUUAAGAUGAGUUUGUUUGCUUGACUCCCCAUUCUGAUGUUAAGCAUGAAUGUUAGUGAUACUGAAGCUCUGUUGAUUGAGUUCCUAAUUAAUUAGCACGCUGUUCUGUCACGGUUCACAAACAAGUUGCUCUUUGAUUAGUUUAAGACAGCUGUGUUUGAGAAAAUGUAAGUUGUCAAAGCGCUGCCAUCCAGCUUCCUUGAUUCGGUAUACUUGCGUUGUUCUUUCCUUGCUAUUAUAGGGGAUUAAACACAACCAUUAUUUUGUUUCAAGUACAGAUCAAAAUAAUCUGCUGAAUAUGUCUGCAUUUCUGCCUUGCUGCUUUUAUUUUCACCCGCAGUACCCAAAGGUGGAUCUGUUCAUGACAUGAACUUACCCAGACCUGAAUUCUUGCUGUCAUUAAUGGUUGAUUCGUUAUUGUUUCCCCAAAUGCUUUGUGUUGUGUGUCUGUUCUGGUAAUUACUGAUCCUUACUAAUUUUCUCUGCCUUCCUUCUUUACAUCGUUUGCUUUUAUGAUGUUAAUUGGGGAUGUCAUUACAUGGUAACUCCUAGCUCUUUGUUCAUCUGAAAUGUUUGUUUUUCAUAAUCCCUGAAACAAAACCUUGAAUUUCAAGUACUGAUCCUCCAUCUCAGUGUCAUAUUUUCACAUACGGUUACAGAUCCUGGUUAGCAUUGCUUGGGUAGCUGUCAAGUUAGAGCUGACAUGGAUAAGGAAUUGCUUGAAAGGCUGCAGACAAAGGGUGUGAUCAGUGGUUCUUUGUCCAGAUGGAGGCCAGUAAGGAGUGCUGUCUCCCAGGGGUCUGUCUUGGGACCAGUACUCUUUAACAUCUUUAUUAGUGACAUCAGUGAUGGAAUUGAGUGCACCCUGAGCAGACACAGUGGACGGAGGGGAUGCCAUUCAGACGGACCUCAACAGACUUGAAAGGUGGGCCCGGGUGAAUCUAAUGAGGUUGAACACAGCAAAGUGCAAGGUUUGGGAUUUGAGCUGGAGGAAUCCCAGGCAUCUGUACAGACUGGAAGGAGCGGCCCUUGAGCGCAGCUCCGCAGGGAAGGACCUGGGGGUCCUGAUGGAUGAAAAACUGAGC